GGCACUGAUAGGCUUGGAUACUUAGCGAGAGACAGCGACCAAACCCUCCCUCCCCCUCUCUCUCUCUUCUCCUUUUUCACAGUCUCUCGUGUCUCACUCUGCUGUCGUAGAGACUGCAGGCUGCACACACUCAGUGAGUCCUUCUCUCUCUGUCCUGUUGUCUCACUCAGCGUUUCAGGCACAGAAACGGACUCUUCUGCACUGUUCUCUGCAUGACUGUCACAAAGAUGUCAUGGCGGCCGACCUACCGGAACUCCAAGUUUCGAAACGUCUACGGCAAAGUGGCCAAUCGAGAGCACUGCUUCGAGGGCAUCCCGAUCACAAAGAACGUCCAUGACAACCACUUCUGCGCGGUCAACGCCAAGUUCCUCGCCAUAGUAACGGAGAGCGCGGGAGGAGGAUCCUUCGUUGUUAUCCCGGUCACUCAGUUUGGCCGUAUCGACCCUCACUAUCCAAAGGUCUGCGGUCACCAAGGAAACGUGCUGGACAUCAAAUGGAAUCCUUUCCAUGAAAACAUAAUCGCUUCUUGUUCAGAGGACUCUUCUGUGCGAAUAUGGGAGAUUCCUGAUGGUGGACUGAGGAGGAAUUUGACAGAGUCUGUAUUAGAACUGUAUGGCCACAGCAGGCGUGUGGGUCUCAUAGAGUGGCACCCAACCACUAGUGGGAUUCUCUUCAGUGCUGGCUAUGACUAUAAGAUCCUCAUUUGGAAUCUUGAGAUUGGAGAGCCGGUGAAAAUGAUUGACUGUCACACAGACGUGAUCCUCUGUAUGUCAUUUAACACAGAGGGCAGCCUACUGGCCACCAGCUGCAAGGACAAGAAGCUCCGCGUCAUCGAGCCCCGCUCUGGCAAAGUGCUACAGCAGGAGGCGAACUUUAAAAACCACAAAGUGAACCGUGUUGUGUUCCUAGGCAACAUGAAACGACUCCUAACGACAGGUGUGUCUCGCUGGAACACACGCCACAUUGCUCUCUGGGACCAGGAGGAUCUGUCCAUGCCAAUCAUUGAGGAGGAGAUUGAUGGCCUUUCAGGAUUGCUUUUCCCUUUCUAUGAUGCAGACACACAUAUGCUCUACUUAGCAGGAAAGGGUGAUGGGAACAUCCGGUACUACGAGAUCACCCUGGAGAAACCCUACCUGCAGUAUCUCAUGGAGUUCAGGUCCCCUGCACCACAGAAAGGGCUCGGAGUGAUGCCGAAGCAUGGGCUGGAUGUAGGAGCGUGUGAAGUCUUCAGGUUUUAUAAGCUGGUCACUCUAAAGGGCCUGAUUGAGCCAAUCUCUAUGAUUGUGCCUAGAAGGUCAGAGACAUAUCAGGAGGACAUUUAUCCCAUGACUCCUGGGACAGAACCUGCUCUGUCUGCUGAUGAGUGGCUCAGUGGAAUCAACCGAGGUCCAGUGCUCAUGUCUUUAAAAGAGGGCUACAACAGAGCAAACAAACUGGUGUUCAAGGCCCCUGUGAAGGACAAGAAGGGUGGAGUGGUCAAUGGGAUUGACCUGCUAGAAAACGUGCCUCCCCGUACAGAGAAUGAGCUCUUGCGGAUGUUCUUCAGGCAGCAGGAGGAAUUGCGGCGACUGAAGGAUGAACUUACGCAGAAGGACAUUAAGAUUCGACAGCUUGAGCUGGAGCUCAAUAACAUAAGGAACAGCCCAAACAUCAACAACAAUAACAACAGCAACAGCAAUGGUAGCAGCAUUUGACACUGGAUCUGUGCUGUCUUUUGAUCUCCUAAAGUGACACACUAUAAGCCCUGAGCGCUGCUGAAACACACAGGCUUCCUUUUCCUAAAACCAAGACCACAGGAGAGCAAGCGCUUGUCUUCAUAAAGCAGUGUUUCACUCUGACCCCCAGUGUUGACCCCACAGCUGCUGUGUGCUAAGUCGACUUUAUUGGAGUGAUGAUUCACUAACCCUGUGAAAACUGUCCCAUUACAUGAGCUUCAGUCACACUGUUGGUCCACCUGCAGUGGACUGAUUCUCUCUAUAUGGAUUGGUUUUGGUACAAGCUAUUCAUUGCAUUAUCAUCUCAUUAUUGUAGACUUCACUAGAUUUAAUUAUUAGUAAUUAUUUAUUUCAUUUUUUUUCUUUGUGCUACUUAGCCUUGUUCUAAAUAGCUUAAUAAACGUGUUUUAAUAAGGUCAAACAGACAUGCUUCACCCAUCAAGCUGUUAUCUCAUGUAAACACUAGGUCUAUUGCAUCAUUUUGAUAUGACCCACAGUGCUGUUUUAAUGUAGAAACUCAAACACCACAGUGCAGUAAUCUUACACCACAGAUGAUAUUUAUCCAAUUGACAUGCUCCUAAAUCUAGAAGUAUUGGGUUUUACUAAUAUAAGUUGGGGACUGUGUUGCUUCACAUAAUUUAUGUGAAAUAUGUUCAAGUCAGUUUAUGAACGCAAUUCAAAUGGGUUUUUAAGUUAAAUAAAGUUCAGAAUAAUUUCAUAAUUAAUUUUGAAAAAUCACGCUUUGCACCUGAUGAAAACAUAAAAGUCCACAAAUUGUAAAAUGCAAUUAUGAAAUGAAUUAGUAAUAGACGUCGUAUUAGAGACCUACACUGUAGUUCCGUAGGAAAGUCAAGUUUGAAGAGAACGUGAGAAAAAGAACGCUCAACGAAUUAAAGAAUGAGACACAGAAAAUGUUACAUUUUUUGAUUCUGAAAGUUGAAUGAAUGGCAAUAUUUCAUUUUAAAGACUUACUGUGAUUUAUAAAGCAUAAUUUUACUUUUUUAUUACAUUUUAAAUCAAACAUAUUUAUUGAUUUCCAUUUUCAGUUCAUACUUUUAAGUGUCUUGAGUUUUCAGGUUUGUAGCUUGUAACCAUGAAUUUACUGUAUCCUUGUCGUCCUGUUACAUUCAAAUUAUUGACCUCUUAAACAAAUAGCUUCUUAGAUUGGAUGUAAACUCUUAUAAAGUGCAUUGUAUUCAGCUUUGAACUUUCAGUGUAAACCCUUUUAAAUGUUUUAUUGUAAAGUGGACAAAUUCUUUGCAGGCAAAUACAUUAUGCGCCACGAAACACUACAGGUGCAAUCACGCUCUUCAGUGCGUGCUGCUCUCUAGAAGUUACCCUAUUAAUUAUGAUUUAAAACAUUGAUUUUGCCCAGAACAAACUGGACCAGCUCAAAAAAAAAAAAGUUUGGACGGCCCAUUUACUGGAGCACCUAUGAGCUAAUGUGUUAAAAUGUUAUCCCUUUUAAAAUAUAUUUAUAAUCUGAUUCCCAAAUGAAUUUAUGAUUAUAAAUAACCUCGCUCGACCAGCACGGAAAGCAAAGUCGGUCCACCUCUGAAUUCAGACAUUGUGUGUUUGACCUUUUCCUGCUGUUUAAUGAAAACACUAUGAGCCUCAAACUUUUUGCGUAAAUAUUUUGCUUCAUAAAACAAUAACACAAACCCCAGCAUCUUCUGCUUUAUCAUUGCAUAGUAAUAGCGCGUUUUGAGGUAAAGUGCACUUUAGGGAUUCUGACAUUAGGGGGCGGUAAAGCCACAGUCUUGCUCAUGUCAGCACGUACUACAGCAAGGCCUACACUUGCCAUGAAACAGACUACACAGCAUCCUCUUAACAUGAUAAAGAGCAGUUCAGACACAAGCAGUAGUGCUUAAAGGGAUAGUUCACCUUUAGUUGCUGGUCUCCAUUGACUUAGUGUUUUUUUCCAUACUAUGGAAGUCAAUAGGAACCGGCAACUGAAUGUGAACCAUCCCUUUAAGGAACACUGGGUAAUAAUAACAAUGGGCCUACUUAAAUGGGCCAAACUGUGAGGAACAGGUUGUUUAUGUGGACUGUAGCUACAUUCCAAAUCUUAUGCCUGAUAAUUGUGCAUCAUUGAAGAUGUUGAGGUGGAUAUUAAUUUGUUCAGUGUGAAGUGCCAGAAUAUUUAUGUUUUACUCAGGCCCCUUUCAUGUUGGUGUUAGACAAGUCGCUCACUGCCUACACAAGCACAAUUAAUGUUGAAAUAUUUCGUGCUGACAGUGCCUAAAGAAUUAUGAGGCAAGACAUUAGACUAACCUUUGUCUUUGAUUAAAAUGAAGAGCAUUAAUAGGUAAUCACUACUCUGUAUUUCACUAUUCAUUAUGAUUAACUAACUACAGCAUGUUGCACAAAAGGUAAUUGCAUACUAAGUAAAAACCUCUUCCUGAGGAAGAAUCCUGUAAUGUGCUGAGCCGAAUUUACUCAAAUGGUACAUCAAAUCUAACUGUCUAGACUGAGACUAGCUCAAUUUACCUUACGAUCUCACACUCACAAACUGGCAAUCUGUCCACACAGAUCAUAAGAACCACCUCAGUUACACUAUACGCAAUGCUUUCAUGCUCAUGUUAGCAAGGCACAUGCUUGUACAGUAAAUAUUCAUUGGAACAAAAAUGCUGACUUUUAUUCAUGUGAAAUCUGAAGUCAUCUUUUUAAUAAAAAUUUCAAUCAGUAUGAUCUGACAACUGGACACAGCUCAGUUAAAAUUGCGUAUGCGUUCUAUUUAAAUUGGCAUGAUGCUUCUGAAUAUUUACACAAUAUUCAGCCACGUAUCAUCAAAAAAAUACAAGCUAUUUUCCCUGAGCUUCACAAUGCAAUUUCACUUCAUAUAUUCAAUUAACCCACUAUAUCAGUGGCGAGGUCAUAUACACUUGCCAUCUCUGCACAAGACUUCAAAUACAUAACCUGUUGAUCAAGUAUGUAAUCACAUCCAAUUACAAUGUGUGGAUUUUCUGUGGCUGUCAGAACAGAGAACUUCAAACUACCAUAGAGCCUGUUGCGUUUUCAUUCAUUUUAUUACAGUUAAUGGUUACAACUGAGAUUAUUUGUGAAAACGUCUGCCAUUAUCAAAGGGAAUCAGAAAAAAAAAUAUAUAUUUGGUCAUUAUUUACAAAGAACACAAAACCUCUGAACUAUCCACACAAAAGGGAGAAGGGGUUUAGGGCUCAUUUGACAAGGGCAGACAUUCGGCUCUGAACAUUAAAAAAUAAAAUAAAAAUAAAAAUCACAUUGAGAGGUUGAGCCGUGCAUGUCCAAGCAGACAUCAUGAUGCAUUCUUCAUGCUUAAAUAGCACGUCACGUGGUGGCGGUGGUGAUGA